AUGGACAUACAUUUUCAGUACCUCAAAAAGCGUAAAAACUUUGGACAUCAGACCUUGUUCUGUGAAGUUCCAGCUCAUUUGAUAGAUUCAAUUGAUCCUAGUCCCGAAGAGUACAAGAGAUACAUAUUACGCAAUCCGGUGCAUCAGGCUUCUCAAGUAGGCAAAAACAUGUCUCAAUGUGAAAUUAAUACUAUCAGAGUCGAAUAUGCUAACGAAGGUGCAAAUCAUGCCGAAGGAGGGUGGCCAAAAGACGUCAACUGCUUGGAUGAAGAAGCAACACUUCGCUACCGCCGUCGCAUUGAACGUGAUGACUGUUACGUUAACGCUGUUCUAAGUACAUUCAAAAAAUUUAAUCACACUAUUAAACAAAACAAUGCUAUUGAAAUGUAUCAAAUGUAUUUCCAUGGAAUGCCACAAGAAUGUGCUGUUGAAAAGUACAUAGUAACUAAUAAGAAUACAUUUAGAGAUGGUGGUGCACGGCCUGUGUCUUGCAUUGACUGGACUAUUGAAGAAGACACGAAAAUGGUAGUUACAUAUUGUAACAAAACCUAUCCCUACGAAGGUACAACAGUUAAUAAGAAUUUAGAAGGUUACGUCUGGAGUGUCGAGAAUCCAAACACUCCAUUUUAUGAACUUCGUCCCCCUUCUGCUUGCUGGCAGAUAGCUUGCUCCCCGGCGAGCCCGUCAAUUAUCGUCGGAGGACUGGAAGAUGGUCGAGUUUGCAUCUUUGACAUGCGCGUCCAGGACGAACCGACAAUAAUAAGUCCAUUUCAUCUUGCGCAUAGAGAUCCUGUUUCUUCAUUAAUUUAUAUUUCUUCGCGACAUAAUAAUGAAUUUUUUACGGGGUCAACGGAUGGUUCGUGUUUGUGGUGGGAUAUUAGAGAUUUUUCGGUACCUCUGGAUAGCAUGAUCAUAGCCACAGAGGUUCCUCCAGGAGAAGUGUUAAGUUUAGCACAUGCUCAACCGGUGUCAGCUUUACAGUAUGAUCGAUCUUUCCCAACUAGAUUUCUUUGUGGCACUGAUACUGGACUUAUAAUUAACGUUAAUCGUAAAGGUAAAACUAUAUCCGAAACAAUGACCACCAUUUUUCGUGCACAUAACGGUCCUGUAAAGGCGGUUCAUCGUAGCCCUUUAACAUCUAAAAUGUUCAUCUCAUGCGGAGACUGGACGGUACACGUCUGGAGUGACGAGGUCGCAGUGUCACCUAUCAUAACGGGGUUAGCUCAUAAAUACCCGAUAACAGACGUAUGUUGGGCACCUAUCAGGAUUUCUAGUUACAUGUCUAUAAGCACCGAUGGUAAACUAAGAGUCUGGGAUUUAUUGCGUCGAUAUAAAAAGCCUAUUGUGAGCUUCCUGGUAUCUGUUAAUCCAUUAAUGAAAAUGAAACCACAUGAAGACGGACGUUUUCUAGCGGUUGGAGACAAAAAAGGCGCAACAUUCCUCCUAGGAUUAUCAGAAAGUUUAGUUCUUCCUGGUAGCCAAGAUAAGCCUGUAAUGUUGCAGAGUUACGAACGUGAGAAUCGCCGUGAGCGUAUUCUUGAGAAUCGUGUUAAAGAAAUACGUUUGAAAAUGAAAGCUGAAGAAGAAGGCGAGCUAGAGCUUGCAGUUAUUGAACCAGAUGAUGAGGAAGUUUACAGAAAUGCUGAAGAGGAAUAUAAAAAGAUGCUUGCCAUGGAAAUGGCAAAUAUGGGAGUAGUGACUUCUAAAAUAAAUCGGUCGCGUGUUCGUUGA